ACAUAUAGACAGGACUAAGUGAAGUAUGUUGUAUGUCCGUGUUGUGUUAAUGAGUCGACAAAAAAUGCCCCAAAUCGGUUGAAAUCCCCUGCUAUGCUUUCUGGGUAAAGUGCGCCCCGGUAUCCGCCCAUAUUCGCGUAAAGGAGGCCAACCUGAGCAGCUAGGCCGGACGCUGGAUCAAAUGGAAAGUUCAAUCGAUUAAUUUCCCCCACUAAUUCGUCUGUUCCCGCUUGCUUCUGAGACGAAGUAGACCGACUUACAUGCGGGCGUUUUCGGUGUGAAGUAGGAAAUGCAGAGAUCGUGUGAAAGCAGAGGAUUAUCAGCUUGACUUCUUUGGUCGCUACUUCGGACGCGGAACUCCACACUUGCUAAAGGUAAAACAAAUGGAUAAGAUUUACACAUGUGAGCCGCUUUGGGCUUUUUAUUCAACAUUGUGUGGCUGAUUCAUGAGAUAAGUCAGUGUGACAGCUGUGUUCCCACGGAAUAAUACUGUUAAAGGGGAAAUAUUCAUUCUCGGGGUAAGUGCAAACUACGCCCAAUUGUUAACCUUAUGUGUGGCCCUGCAAUGCAGACCUUUGGGCUAGCCUGUCAAUGGCGGCUCCAAAAAUCUGCACCCUUUUCCUCUUUUGAAUGAAUGAUACCAUCUUUUUCACAAACACCACGCAGGCAGAGCUGCAUUCGCGAGCUUUUUAUGUGAAUUGUCAAGUAUUAGCACAGGCGGGCUAGUUAGCUUUCGUGGAAGUCUGUGGGCGACCUCCAGAGCUAACUGUGAGCUAGCUAACAGCAGCAGCAGCCCGGCUAUUUAAACACAAGAGGGGUUCACACACAGCCGACCUGGCAACCCCUCGGGCACACAGCGCUGGAUUUACAUCAAAUUCCUCCACAUUUUGAAGCUUUAGGUGUGUUUCCCUGUUUAGACACUGCAGUAGAAAAACCUUGGUUAUCCACAGCUAACUCUCACACAUCUUGUUAGUAAAUGCUGGUGUCAUAAUAGCUGGAAAAUGUCGAUUUUAACUCGUUUUUUUAUUGUGAUACGGUCAAUUAACUUAAGUUGUUGUCAUCCAAGUGGUGUGAAUAAAAGCUUGUAAUAAUCAUGACCGUCAUACUUACAGUCUCACAUAUUUAUGUCCAUGUAAAUACAACUUCAUCACAACCUUUCCACACUAAGUGAUGUUACAUGACACUAAUAGUGUUGCUCAUUGUUGUUUAUUCACAACAAAAUACAGAGUUUGGGAGAUAUCAUUAUAUAUAUUCUGUAAACAUGUAAAUUUGACUCUUUAAUCUUUUUUUUAACUGAACUCUAAGUUGCUUUAUACUUAAAUUUCUCUUGUAUGACUGUAUGCUGCUGUAAAUUUGGAAUUCCCCCCUGUAAGACUCUUAAAGAAACAUCUUAUCUUGUCUUACCAACUCACUUUACUUGCUUUAAAUAUAUCUGCAUUAAGUCACACCAAUGUAAUUUCCCUGUCACAUAAGCAUGUACCAGACAGCAGAAGUGUGGUCAUGCUUUCUGUAACAUUGUGAGCACUCUUAAUCUGCACACAGAUAAGAUUUGUCUCCCACUGUACGACUGCAGCCUCUCUGUAAUACGUGUAAAUCACAGACUGCUGGGUGUGACGUACAACAUGAUGAUUUCAGGGAGUAAUGAACCAGUGUUGAGUUCUCAAACAAGUGUUGUAAAAGUAUACCUUUGUCAGCCAAAUACCUAUCAAACCACAUUCUGGUUUUUCUGUUUGUCUAGAAAAGGCAAUGAUAGUCAGUCAAACUCCUCCCUGACUGCAGGCUGUGUGAAGCUGUGAGCAGUAUGUACUGUAACUUCUGAAAAGGCCAGCUGCCACUAUUGAUGGGUGCCUCUCUACAAAGCAGUCAGACAGCACAGAGCCUCCCAGUCGCCUGUCAAUUCUGGAGCCUUAAUGUAAUGUCAAAGAUUUCUGCCUGGGGAUUUUUUUUUCUGUUGUGUAGCUGCUACUCUGAAAAUACCACUGAGUGUGCUGCUCCACAGGGUAUUUAUGACUCUCUCCUCCUCUUGUACUCAAGUCUGCUUCCAUUUAAGAUAAAAAAAUCCACCUAGGUAUGAAUAAGGUUUAAUUUCAUCCCAGCUCAAUUAACCUGUUUCUGUUUUAACUCAGCAACAAGUAUAAACUAGAAAAGCACUCGGAGAGUGCAGACCUCCGCCAAGCAGCUCAUGUCCCCCCUUAUAUUGUGAUUCACACCAAAACUUUUACUGUUUCGUGUCUUUUAUUAACUUUUAUUUGUGUUUAAACUGGUAUGUUCACUGUUCAUAUUGUUCCUAAAACAACAAAGCUCAUAUUAGAUACAUAAAUGCAUGAUUUGUUAUGCAAUAUUUGUAAGCGUACACUUCCUUGUAUCUUCAUUGGUUAUCUGUCAGCAUUGAAAAUUCCAACGACACCCUUAUUUUUGUGUGUUCUGGAUCACAGUAUCUGGAAUUUUGACUGGAUCAGGAUCAACCUUUGACACCUCAUGAAACUCAUUGAGAUCCUUUUGUGUAAUUUUUUACUAAAGACUGGCCAUUUUUAUAGAGUUAAAUGCAAAAAUUCCAAAAUUUGCCCUCUCUCACAAUGAUAAAGAAUCCUUCAAAAAAUUUCUGGAUCCAGAAGGCGAUCCGGAUCACCACCAAAAUGUAAUGGGAUCCUCCUGGGGCUGAGAUGCACCUCUGGUGAAAAUUUCAGGUCAAUCCGUCUGUUACUUUCUCUGUAAAGUUGCAAACAGACAAACAAACAAACCAACGCUACCGAAAACAUAACCUCCUUGGCGGAGGUAAUAAAUGCUGUCCAACUGUAUACAUCUUAAAAAUGCUAACAGUCUUUUAGGUUAUAAAUUCCACCCAAUUUGCACUUGAAUUCUUGCAAAUGAAUCAUCAUAUAAUGUGUAAGCAAGUGUGUUGUAUCAAAAUGGGCCAUUCAAAAAUUAACAAUUGCCAUCAGAUCUCAUGUUUCAGUCAGUUUUUAAAUGAAAAGUCAGGGUCUUUUUAUUCCAGGAGCACCAAUCACAGUUUUCUGUCUGCCAGUCUGCCAGGAAAAAAUCUGUGAAUGAUGCCAGUGGAUAAAAUUGGAGUAUUAUGUCAUUGGAUGUAUUAAAUGAGACCUCUGUAAAUGUUUAGUGGUGUUGAUGCCUCAGAUGACUCCGUUUCAGUGAAAAUAUCUGUGUUAAAUGUGCUUGUUUUUGGUCCUGCAGGUGAAUCAUGACAGAAUAUAAGCUGGUAGUGGUGGGGGCUGGAGGCGUUGGCAAGAGUGCUCUUACGAUUCAGCUCAUCCAGAAUCACUUUGUGGAUGAAUAUGACCCCACCAUUGAGGUAAAGAAACUUACAGUGUGUGUGUGUGUGUCUCUGUCCUCAAGUCCGUGACUGUAUCCAUGAUUUUUGUGCGUUUAAGCACAAGACGAAACUCCUCCUAAAGAGGAGUUUCAGCAGGUUCUUCUGGUUUAAGUCUUAAAAAGAAACCAAACAGGUUUUUAAGAACUUUCCAUGUGUGUCUGCCGGCCUGCUUUCUCAGGGGUAUAACCUACAGUGAGAGAGCACAGCAGCCUCUCUGUGAUCAGUUAUUGUGGUGCUGUCGCAGAUUCAGGAUCCUCAAAAAUCAUUCAAAUCCACAGAAUCGGACUCUUGUAUGCUUUUUCGAUCAGACUGAAUGUGGCAAUCAGUUUGAGUAGAAAUUGGGACCUCAUUGUAAUUGAGGCCCAAUCAUGUAACUGCUACUUCAGAAAGAGUAGGCUAGUGAUUACAAUCAGACCUGUGACGUCUUUCAGCUUGAAUAAAAUGUAAACUACAUUACCCAUCACCACAACAACAGGAGUCAUCAUUUUUAGUAGCCAUGUUUAAUUUGAAUGUUAUAAAGAGAAAAGCUUUUCCUCCUGAUUGUUGCAAAAUAAGUCAUCACCAAGCUAUCAACACUCAUUAGUGUAAUCCUGUAUGCCAUAAAAUGUCUAUAAUACACUUUUCAUGACAGAGUAUAAAGAAAAUGAUGAAUAAUUUGAUAACUUUGUCCAUAAUAAGCUCUCAUUGUUGCAUAAUAGCUGAUCUGUCAACUUAAUCCCAGAGUUUUGACGCCCUUUGACCUCCUUUGCCUCCAGGACUCUUAUAGAAAACAGGUAGUGAUCGACGGGGAGACGUGUCUGCUGGACAUCCUGGACACUGCAGGUCAGGAGGAGUACAGCGCCAUGAGGGAUCAGUACAUGAGAACAGGGGAGGGCUUCCUCUGUGUCUUUGCCAUCAACAAUACCAAGUCCUUCGAGGACAUCCAUCAUUAUAGGUGAGCUCAGGGUCUGCAGGUCCAUGUUGCUGACAGUGCAACACGGCAUGUGCAGGUCCAUGUUGCCGUGAACCGUUUGUUUACAUGUAUUCCUCGCCCUUAAAUGCUGAGUCAGCUUUUUACAGGCUAAUGUUGUAAAGGUCAUGACUUUAUUCUCCAUAAGUAUGACCAGAUGAUGUGCUGUGAUUUAUUUUUCACAGUCUUUGUUGCUUCACUGAUAUGCACCUUGUUGCUCAAGUCUGAAUUUCGACAAUCAGAGGAACAUGCUUUAAAAAUAUAAAUGUCAUUAUCAUUAAUGUUAGGGGUGGGAACCGCAAGAUAACUCAUUGUGUGAUACCAGAUACAAGGCCUAUUGUUACCCUCAUAUUGUGAUACAACAAUUCUGAUAAAUCACAAUACAAUUGUAUUAUAAUGGUACAUAAUAAUUGGGGAUGGGAGAAAAAAAUCAAUUCACAACAGUGUCACGAUUUUUUGUUUUACAAUUUUUAAAUCCAUUUAUUUUAAAAAAUCGUUUUUUUUUUUUUUGUUUGUUUCAAAUUUAAGAAUAAAUCUUAAAAACUGACUUACAUGUGAUGUGUAAUUUUUGGGGAAAUAUGGUUCCUGGAAUAGUCAGUAGACAAUCAAUCAUUCAACUGUUUCACAGAUGUUAAAAAUGCAGACUAAAGAUAAAGAAAAUCAACAAUAUCGUAAAAUCACAAUUUAAAUCGAAUCGGCAUCCAAAAAAAUCAUAGAAGAAUCGGGAGACAAGCAUAUCAUCCCAGCCCCAAUAUUAAUAUCUGAUUCACUUUAAUUACCAAAAUCUUGUAAAACUCUCAUCACUGGCGCCCCCUUAAGUAAUCAUGAAGUACUGACGCAUCCAAAUUGGAAGGAAUCUUUGUUUGCAUUAAAACAUUAGAUUGGUUUACUCUAACCAAAUCCUUGUUGUGUCUUUUUUUUUUUCAGAGAACAGAUAAAGCGAGUGAAGGACUCCGAGGAUGUCCCCAUGGUGCUGGUGGGGAACAAGUGUGACCUCCCGUCCCGGACAGUGGACACCAAGCAGGCUCAGGAUUUAGCGCGCAGCUACGGCAUUCCCUUUAUUGAGACCUCAGCCAAAACCAGACAGGUGAGAGUCCAGAAAAAGGCAGUUUGACUCAGUGAAGUUAAACCUUCCUGUCUGCAGCUGCACUGCUGCUGGAGUACUCCACUUCUGGUCUGUGGUGCAUGGUGGAUGGUGGAAGCUGCAUGUGGUCUGAGGGGUAUUUGCUUAAUGGACACAGCAGCCUUUCUACAAAUUUCAUUUCCAAAUCAAAUCAAUCACAAACUCAUACUUCUGUUGACGAGUGUCCUCCUCACUGAAGCUUAACUUAUGGCGCUGAAAGUUUCAGCCUUGAGUUGCGUGGUGCUGUUGAUUUGUGUCGCACUCAGUGGCUCGAAUGUUUCAGUUUAAAUCAUGUUGCUGGGAAAUGUUUUGGGCAACGUGCUGCCGAUCAUUAAAUCUUCUUUGGUUAAUUGAAUUUUCUUAUUUAUUGGUGAUAAUGGAAUUAAUGCAUGCUACCCUGUCAGGGUUAUAUGAAAUUAUAUCCUCAUUAGGGCCAUCCUCAGAGGACCCUGCACUAUAAAUCAGAAAAUGUGUGUCAAGGAGUCUGCAUGAAAGGACAAUCUGUCGGUAAUCACUCAGCGGGCUGGAUGAUUCUGCUUCCUGGUAACUGUGACUGGGUGCUGGAAGAUUUGCGGUGUAUGAGGCGCAUUAAAACGGUGUGUGUUGUGGGCAUGGCCUCAGGUGUCUGACUGACAAAGUGAUCUGUAAACACAUCUUUCCUGGUCUCUCUGACCCGAGGUGAAUCACGGCUCCUUCUGGUGCAGGGAAAUUAAUGACACAAUUAUUGAUCUCUUACAGCUCAGCUCACCUUUUUUUUGUUUUUGUUUUUUUUUUAAUCUGCAGUUUUUCACUAAUUCAGACUUCAAACUCUGCUGUUGCUGCUGCAGGAACAUCUCUCUCUUGCAGUUUUCUCCAAAUCUCAGUAAUUCCAUCAAACGAUCCUGCAAUGAAAUGAUGAAAUGAUUCUCUUUACAUAGCUUCUUUAAAUGAGGAUAGACAGUUAAAACUAACUAAACACUGUUUGUUUUUUUCUUUCUUAAACUGAAAAGGAUUUCAAAAUGACCCAGUCAGGAAAACGUUGUCUAAAUUCAGAUAUUCUUGUCAUAAUUUGAUGAUUGUUUUUUUUGUCUGCAAUGUAAAGUAGUCUCCACUAGACUCUGAUUAAGCCACACCUCCACUAUAACCUUUUCAAACCUCUACAGCAAUUACACGCCAGGUACUAGUUUCAGUCACUUUUCCAAAGUUGUAGUUUUAUAGAGAGUCCAUUUUCAAAGAUGAGGAGGCCCGGCUAACUUACCUCAAAACAUACUAAUGCUUUGGUCCUGUGUAUCUGUAAGUUGUACCACAUGCACCCAUACAGCUUGUCCUGCUGUGUUCCUCGUCACUGAGGAAAGUUGUGUCUCACACUGCAGAGAGUGGAGGAUGCCUUUUACACUCUGGUACGGGAGAUCAGGCUGUACCGGGUCAAUAAGCUCAGCAAAGAAGAAAAGACUCCACGCUGUGUCAAGCUUAAAAAGUGUGUUGUGAUGUGAAGGGGUAAGUGUAUGCAGCCUCGCGCCCCCCAGCUCCUCGUGUCUGUGUGUGUGUGUGUGUGUGUGUGUGUGUGUUUUUGGUAAAGAUUGUGGAGGAGAGCUGGUGCUUUGUGGGAUCUCAGCGCCUGAGUUACUGGUUUCUAUGGGGGCUGUGGUGAAGCUCUAACAGGAGGCUGACACUGCUGAGGAUAUUUUUUCUUCUCUUUUCAUCAAUUUGUGUAUCGUGGCUGAUUAUCAUCAUCAAAGGCUGUUUUCACACUGAGUUUGUUCACUUAAUUUGAUUGUCGUUCUGCCUUCAGCUGUCCCACAUAGUUUGCUUUCACACUUGUCUACUUUUGUUUUAAUCUGCUUUGUAAAAAUUUUAUCAAGUUUCAGUGGAUUUACUCUGCUUUUCCGGAGUUGUGAGGGUGCACAGUUAAAUAUGGAGACAAGUGUGCUUUCAGUUGAGCAGGGCAGAGGCUAAAAAGAGUGAAAAUUGCAGCAUCUAAAAGUAAUGACUAUCAAGAAUUUGGCUUCUUUGCUCAUGCACGAGCGAGGGAUUUUAUGAUAUUUUGCUGAUCAAAUGACAAAAGACGCCUUUAGAGAUCAGAAAAAUGUUCAUAUUUACAAACCUAAAGUUAAGUCUUGAUUCAGACGAGACCACCAGUGUGAAAACAUCCUAAAUCUGCUGAAAUCUACAUGAAAAGGGCUUUUGAGGCUUGUGAGCCGAUGUUUGAUUAAAAGAGAUUACGGUGAAUCUGGGACCAAAUCACAGGCUGAAAUGUGCCGGACAAGGUCGUGGUGAGAAAAGUUGUCAAAUUUUGAACAUGUUUGUGGGAGAGGGAGUUUUUUUUUUCUUCUUGCAGUCACACUUCUCUGAUCUUGUCUUUCCUGCUCUUUUUGUCACAACCUGAAGUGACCUCAGGCUCUUUCUGCUGCAGCUCCCUCAGAAUCAUUGUCACAUUUAUGGCGCCGUAUGACCUGUUGUAGCACUCGACAGACAGCAGCUGCAUUCACAUGGAGCCUCUUAUUCAUCGAGAUUCAAAAUUCAAGCUCAAGGAAAAAAAGGUUUUUUUUCCUGUUCACCUGGGAAAGAUGUGUCACUCUCCUUUUUAUUUGUUAUUAGCUGAAGAGUCCUCACUGUGUGCAUCUUUCCCGGGGAAACCUCUCCACACGUUUCACUCAUUAGUUUAAAGAGACUGAGCAGGAGGGCGGCCUUCUGUUAAAUAACUCUGUUAGAAGAAUAUUUUCAUAAAACUGUUGCCUCAGUACAAACACAGAGCAGUAAACAAGUGUAAUUGCCAAGUGCUCAAUUGAGGUCCAUCUUUUUUUUAACAGUUAGCCUGUGCCAGCAGACUGCAUGCAGUGAGAGAUUUCAAUGGGACAACUUGAGCGGUGAUUCAUUGGAGUGGUUGUCUCGACAUAUUGGUGCUUAAAUCUGAAUUGAUUUCAUUACGAGGAAUGAAAAUGGCUCACAAGUGCAGCUACUGCCUGAGUUUGUCAGUGGGGGCCUCCAAAGUAAAUGUUUUAUCAGCUUUGCUUUUCAUCAAAUGAAAUCACCUGCACUGAUUCGUGCCAUGCAGUCCUACAUGUGACAGAAAUUUUGGUAAAUCAGUGGAAUUGACUGAUGAGUUUAACCUCCUGUGAGGGGGGGUUGACAUCGAUGUCACAGACUAAAAUUCAUAUUGAAGCCUUUUUAUGAUGUACAAAGGCAAACAGACUGUAUUAAUUUUAUUUACUUCUUUCUUUUUCCUUUUACUGCUGAUAUUCUGGUAUCUUACUAUCUUGUAACCAUAAUAAUUCAACCUUUUGUGUUUUUCUCUUUCAGGGCGUUGACGAUGCCUUUUACACAUUAGUGCGAGAAAUCCGAAAGCAUAAGGAGAAGAUGAGCAAGGAAGGCAAAAAGAAGAAAAAGAAGUCCAAGACAAAGUGUACACUUAUGUGAAAAACGACCCCUUUUCGAGACAGCCUAAGGAAAAAAAACAAACAAACUAUGUUGAACAGUUCAAGUAAUACAUUUUGUACAAUACACUAAAUUAUUAGCCUUUUUCUCAAUACCCACCGUACUGAAUACUAAACUUGACCCGUCUCUUCUGCCUUUAUGUUGUUUGCUAUAUGGACACCAAUAAGCUUUAUUUUCAGUUCAGUGCCAGUUUCCCUUUUGUGUUGGCCCAGCAGCCAUGGUGAUGAUGAUGAUAAUGAUGAUUUGGAUAAUUUACAGUAAGGACAGAGCUGUGACAAAACCAGAUCGCAGCUCACGUUCGACAAAUUAUUCAUUGGAUUAAAUUGAAGGUUUUUUCGUUGUUUUCUUUUCCCGUGCUUAAAAGAUCAUGACGUGUAAGAGCUCUGCCGUGAUCUUUAAAGUCUGGGAUGCCAAAGAAUGACGUUUCAUCCUAAUUCAGAUCUGAAAAAAAAAAAAAAGGACCAACACUUAGCCAGACGAGGUCCAAAUGUCCCAGCCACUGUGUAUUCUCCCUCUCGGUAUUACUUAGUAAUGUCACAGAUAUAAGUAUGCAUGCAAACUCCUACUCUUCUCCCAAUGUGUUAACACCCUAAUUAGCUCUGAAUUAAUUUGUCAAUGCUUUGUACUUUGUGGGGAGUGAUUUCUUGCCUACAUGAAACGUUUGUUUGUGUCUUAUUCUUUUUUUUUUUUUGCAUGCAUUGUGUCCUAAAUGACAUGGGUUUUGCAAAAAAAAAAAAAACUGCCUCUGAAGUCUGACUUGAGGAACUCUGACCCCAGCUGAGAAAAUCACCCUUCUACAGUCUGUUAGGGUAAUAGGACAUUAUCUGUAAUUACUUUAGCGACAAAGAAAUUGGCUUUUUUGAUGAUUUGAUGACACAUUUAGAAAUCCAGAUUAGGUUUUUUUUAAGCUAACCCAGUAAGACUAGCAGCCAGGUAUCUGUAUUGACCAGAGUCAUUAAAUGUAGCAGGAUUUAAUGCCAAGUCAUAGCUGUAUUCCCGACAGUAAUUCUGACCUUACUAUGUUUCAGGCACAUUUGAUCGUACGGUUCGACUGCAGGAUGGUUUGAAUUCAUCCGGACAAUAAUCCUUUAAUUGCCUUUUGAAAACAUCCUCCUUACAGAGGUGAUCAGUCAAACAUUGUAAAGCCCUUUAUCAGCUUUAGUAUUUAAAGUUUUGUAUUCACGAGUCUCCUGUAGGUAGCCACGGAUUUGACGCCUUGUCCAGUUUGACAGUUUGCUUGUGACUGGUUGGAUAACACCUGGAAGCAGCUCUUUGGAGUCUUUUUCUCUCAGUGCUGUGUCAGAAAUACUGUCCAAAUAAUUUCCUGAUUCUUCCUUUUGGGGUGCUUUUGAACAACCUGGUGGUUUUACUUCCUAAAGUGUUGAAAUAGUUGGGUGGGCUGCCUUGUAACAGUGAUGAUUGUCCAGUAAAAAGAAAAAAAAAAGUCAUUUUCUCUUACAAAGCUUGUUUAUCAAGGUGAUGUAACUGGAACUGAAAUGUGUAAAAUGAGGCAAUAAUUGCCACAAAUUGGUUUUUAGAGAAAAUUGUCUGAACGUACAUAAAUAUAUAAAAAAACCUGUUCUAUUUUUCCACGAGUUUAACAAUUCUUCACCUUUUUCAUCGUAUUCACAAGCUGUGCCCCGGGGAUUUUUUAUUUGCCUUUUAUGUUUGCAUUAGGUGCUACUUUUAGACGGUGGAAGACCCGAGACAACAUUGACUUUGUCCUCUGAGUGCUCCAAAAAUGCACAAAAUGCUGUCUUAAGGAAGCAAUGUUGUUGACACAGAAAACCCAGAUAUGACACAUUUAGCUUUCAGGAGUAAUGAUUUAUGACCCAGUUUAUUAUUACCUCUUUUUUGAUGAAGUAGAUGAUAACUGUUAAUGCAAUUUUAAUCAUGGAUCCUUCUUUGUUAACAAUACUGUCUCAAAAGUAGAUUUACUGAAAUGUCCCUCUUCCUUUUUUUGCGUGCCAACAGCUGAUUUCUGAAAUGUAUCAUUUAUACCUGGAUCAUAUUUUAACAACCUUUGUAUAGUUGUGAUACUGAAAGGUGCAUAUUUUGUAAAUUGUGCUUCAUUACGUUGGUGUGUCUAAUUGAAUGUUGCUUUAAUGGAGGUUCCCUCCGCUCUGUGUAUGUGAUUAGAGAGUGUGUCUGGGUCCAGGUCGAGGGAAGUGAAUGAAUGACCACUUUACAGCACACCUGUUGUGGCCGGUGUAGAGUGGUGAUCUGAUCUCAAAUGAGUCUAUUUUUUGCCAUGAAUCUCACCACUCCUAUUUAAUGUGUAAUAAAGAACAAAGAAAAGAGGAACUUCACUUUGUCUGUCUUAUGUUG